AUGGCGGCGCCACCGCCCUCCCGGAAGCAAAUCCUCUCACUUUUCGGCUCAUUCCUCCGAUCAUCCCGUCAAUUCACCGAUUACAACAUAAGAGAGUACACAAAGCGCCCGUACAAUAGACGCAUUUUGCCACAAAUAACCCUAACAAACCCUAGCUCUGUUGCCACCGCCUUCUCCGAUGGCAAUUAUCAGCGGCAGGUAAGAUGUCUGCAGUCUGCGGAAAACAUACCUGUACACAUCUGUAGAAGAAGAGACGAUGGUGGUAGUGGACGGUGGUGUGGGACGGUGGUGGACGUGGACGGUGGGUGGUGGCGGUGGAUGGUGGUGGUGGUAGACGAUGGUGGUGGACGGUGGAAGUAG